GUCGCCAUCGGGGACAAUCGGGUCCUUUGUUUGCCAUUUUCGGCGAUAAUCGGCUGGCCAUCGUUCAGCCGAAGUGCCGGAUCCGUCCUCCCGUGGUCGUUGUGUAAGUGUUUGAGGAAGGUGGCUUUUGGGAAACGUCUUACUUCCCAGCGUUCAUCACUUGAAGCCCGGCGUGCUUUGCGUUUACCCAAACUUCAGGUAUCUGUCGUUUUCUUUUGGUAUCGCAGAAUGGAUCGUAUGAAUGCUAUUGGUGAUUUAAUAUCCGUACGAGUGAAAAAUUUUGAGCGUUUAUGCUCCUCUACGGCGUAUUAGCGAACAACAAUGGCGGCCACGGGUUCUUUUACUAUCGAUUUUGAUCGCGGAUGGCGCUUCUCAGCCACAAAAGCGGCUUAGUCGCUGAAAUUUUUAAAAGAUGUUCGAAGCAUAUUCCGUCGUAGGCUCGAAUGACUGAGUUUUUUCGAGCAUGGGUGAUAUAUUCGGGGUUAGAUUGUGAGCUGUAGCGGUUAAAAUUUGAAUGUAUAAUUAUGGACCUUGAACGACUUUGAACGCGCAUGCUGCUUCGUUUUGUUUAACUGUAAGGACAUUGAAAUUUUAUUCGCGACACGAAGUCAGCGAUAGAAAAUGGACGAUUUAAACUUAACUUCUGCAUUGCAGUAGAAGUUUUUUUGAGUUAUGCCUGUUUUACUCAGGUGAGCGGACAAGCCAAGUCAAACAAGACCCGAGACUAAAUGUGAAAGUUCCCGUCUAGUGUCAAAUGUGGCCUCGUUAUUGGAAUUUUAUUCAUUUCCUAGACAAUUUAAUUGAAAAGCUGUCGGUUUUAAGAUAAUCGAUUAUAUCAAGAACUUGACUUACAUAGAAAUGAAUAGAUGUAUCAAUAAUAAUAAGUUAGUAAAUAUAGUAUUUUCCUCAAUAGAUGUUAUUCUUUACUCGGGUAAAUUUCCAAAUUCAGUGGACUUAUUGACUGAGUGGGAGGGUAAGAUGGGAAAAUAUGUCACUCAAGUAUAUAGACCAAGUGCAACAAAGUCUGCUUGUUAUGACUGCGGGCCAAACAUAGUACAAUAUGAUACAAUCAAACUCAUUCACUAAGUAAUUUAUGAAGGAUCCCUAAGUUUUGAAAUUUUUUUUUUAACAUAAUUAGGAUGUAGUCCGUGUUCAGAAGAAGCCAGCGCUAGACAUCUUCAAAAGAAUAUAUAAUGGAAAACUUUUCCUUUAUUUCUUCAAGUCAGAACAAAAGAAAAACUCAUUGAAAAAUGUGACUUAUUUUCCUAUCUCUCAACCGGUUGUUGACAAUUGGUAUUCAUGUUUUUAGAAAAUGCAAAGAGCCAGGCCAGUAUGGGGUGGCAUGUGUUUUGUGGGCUGGCUCAUGUUGACCCUUCUUAUCCUACUCACUACAGUUUAUCAUGGUUUUCUCUUGUAUUGUGCAAGUAGAGUGGAAUGGGUUGUAUAAUGAUAUAUAGUAUUAGAGGAUGUUCACAUUGGGAGAAUGCACACUAUUUCAAAAACAUUUAUAAUGAAAGAUGAGACACCACUUUGUUUGGGAUACAUUUUCUUGGUGAUCACAAUUAUCACUUGGGGAAUGAUGGAUGUUAUCCAUGCUUUCUUGGAAGAGAAGGAUUAUCAUGAUAAAGGUCUUUCAUGAAUAGUAUCUGCACAAACAUUUCCCAUAAAGGCAGUGGGCCUCAUUGUUCUCAUAUCAUGCCUUUUAGGUGUCAAUUUUUUUUACAAUUGAGUGUAGACAUACACUUUGCUGACUCAAGUCUACUCUGAAUAUUUCUAAGUCCUUUUCACCUACUUUUAAAGUUAUCUAGAAACAUCUCUUUUAGUGCACAAUUGCCUGAGGACUGUUCCAAAUUUUAUAUUUUGGAAGAAAUGUAGAUCACCUUGUGUAUUGUGGAUUAAUACAGUUUACUCUCAAGAACUCAAGUCCUUGCUUUUUCCAAGCUUAUUUUAGCUAGAAACGAGUCAUCAAUCAUACCUUUACCAUAACCUUCCCCUAGGUUACUUAAACUCUCAGCAAGUGUACCUCAUGCUUUCUUGAAUAUUGCCCCUUAAGAAUAGUUUCUUUAUGAGUUUACGCUUGACAAUUUAGACCAUGUUUUUCACACAUACACGAGAAGUCAAAACAAGUAGUUCUGUUGUCAAAAACAUAAAUAUUAAACAUCUAUUUUUUGUCCCUUUUGUGGGACACACAGAGUGUGUCACACAUUACCAAAAUAUAUUGCUCUAUCCCCCUGAUAGAGGUUUAUCCAGUGGAUAGCAAUGGUAACCAUGUCUCCUAUUUUAUGGCUUAUUCAGGGUAUAACAUUUGUUUUAAGCAUCCCCCUUCUUCAGCUCACUCAUCCACUACUGUAAAUGCAAUUUUCUGUUUUGAUAUUCCUAAUACGAGUUCUUAGACACAUACUGUGUGUGUUGCGUUGUGUGCAAAGUCUCCUUCAACAUGAUAUUCAUGCUCAAAUUUUUUUUCAGACAUUAGCCUUUGUGAGGAAAAUCAAUGGAUGCUGACUUGGAUGGAAUGAUCAAAGACGAAAAGGAGGUGCAAUUAGAAGGUACUCUGAUUUAUAUUUAAUUUUGGGUAUUGAAAUGAUUUCAAAUUUAAAUUGACAAAUUCCAAACUAGUUGAAAUUUUUAUAAUAAUAUCUUACCACUUGGAAAAUGAAAGAUGAUUGGGUGUUAAGAAGCAAUAUCAAAAGCCUUGUCAUUGAAAGCACUGUUUAGGCCUAUUUACACGGCACGACUUUGUCGCAUGCGACAAGCUUACAACAGGCCUACGACAUGACUUAAGAGUCAUAAGCGAGUUGUAGGUUUGAUUUACAUGAAACAAUUCGUGUCGUAAGCCUGUCGUAAGCUUGUUGCAUGCGACAAAGUCAUACUGUGUAAAUAGGCCCUUAAGGAACUUGAACAUGUGUAGGAAAGCAAAUCUGGGAUCCAUUCUUGUCAUUUUUUGUUCUCUUCCAAUUAGCUGAUCCCAAGUUCUGUUGUGCUAUUUUUGUGAAGAUGCAAAUUCAGAUUUAUUUUCUAGAAAUAUUUAACAACAUCUAUCCAAUUUAUGGUGAACAACCACUGAUCUUUACACUAAUUGCAAAUCUUGAACAAUGAAUGAUUUUUAAAUGAUUUUUAAAUGAUUUUGUAUUUUAAUGAUUUUUAUCCCAAACUUUGUUACUAUCAGAACCAAGUGAUCUGGCACCAGUAUCUGUCAGUCACAUUGCUGGUCAGCCAAUCAACUCCACAGAGCAAGAAGUGAUUGGUCUGCUAUUAGCCCAACAGCAAGUUUUUACAAGUCCCAGUAAACUUGAGCCAUCGAGUGUCUAUGCAAACCAAUCAUCUGUUCCCAGUGCUGUAGCAGUGGUUACAGGUGAUGUGUUACAGCCACAUGACACUGAAAACAAAGCUAUUGUCAUUGUAAGUGUUACUAAUUGUACUGAUAAAUAAUGGUAAUAGGACUGAGUGGAGUCCAAUUCGGUCUGUAUUCAUGUGAGUGAUAAACAAAAUUUGAUGACCAAGAAACAGGAGUCUGAUUUGCUAAAUAUUAGUAUGGUUACAGACAGAAUUGGAUUGCACGAAGUCCUGUCACCAAUAAAUUAAAACCAUGACAAAAUUUGAGAAAGAAACUAGACAUUGGUUACACGUUUUCUUAAAAAAAGCAACAACAGAACUUUAACCCUGUAAAAUGGGCAAUAACAACCCAUACACGUGAUGGGUACUGUCCACUCAUGCAGGCCUGAUGUGUCAACUGUCCUACUACACUGUCAAAUUACAAGCAUGUAGCUUACACUGUCCUAUUAAUUUUCAAAUCAGGCAGGUGAUAACCAAUCAUAUUCAAGAAUUUUGUUUUCAUUUUGAUUAAGAAUAGGAGACAUUUUUUAUGAUUAGCCCUUGGUUAAGAAUAUUAUUAUUAGCUGAAUUGUGGCCAUCAUUGAGAGAACUGGGGCUUCUCUUAACCAGCCUAUGUGGGAUUUUAGAACAAGUUACUGUCCUCUUUUCCCCUACUGAUGGGUUUACAUCCAUGAGACGAUUCAGCUUGUCUCCUUUUUCCAUUAUAAAUUUGAAUUGGAUUGGGAGUUUUUUGCCAUUGUGGAAGAGGAAACACUGGGAAAGAGAGAACAUUCAGGGAAAGGAAAUUAAUCAAUUGUGCCAAUACGAUGGGAGUUGAUAGAACCACGUUACCUCCUCUGAUCCAGUCUUAUGUUUAUCUCAGAAUGUAACUUCUCUAUCUCAUAAUUUCAUGUGAUACUCCAGUUAGAAUUCUCAUGGUUAUUUUGCAUUUUGUCAGAGGUGAAAUAUAAUUUGUGUCAUAACAACUAUGAAAAUUAGUCUUGUCUAGGAAACCUACAGAGGAUGUGGUGGAUUUUGUCCAUCAACAUGUCUGUACUAUCAGCUUUAUAAUAAGGAGUUUGUCGGGUAGAUGAUACCAGUGGGUGGGUGUAGCGUUGAGGAUAAACCUUCAGAUUUGCAAUGUGUUUCUUUCUUUUGUUUCCUAGAGUGAAGACACAGAUGUUGAAGUAAAAGAUACAGACUCAAUAUUAGUCGCUCAACAAGGAGAGCAAGAUGCUGCUACAGCAACCAUUAUGGCCUCUGUGGAUCAACAAGAUGGUAUGUCAAAAAUAUUGUUUUACUUUCACUCCCAGGAGUGACCAAUGAGUAAUCUCUCCUGGCAGUAUCAAUACCUUUGUUUUAUAAAAGGAAGAAAAUAUCCACCAAGGAAUAUUAUUUUGUUUGAUAUAUAGAACUUAAAUCUUAAGUAAUGAGGUAACUAAAGAUGCAUUGGUUUUAUGAGAAAAAUCUGAUCUCUCAUGGAAAGUUGAUGCCAAGCACAGUGUGUGUCUUACAGUCAAGUUUUUUGUUGAAACUGAUUCAAAAAGUCCAAAUUUCUAACUUUAAUUUAGCUACAGGUACAUUAUUAGUAAUCAGGUACAUUAUUAGUACUCAAGGCAAAGACUGUUGGUUACCGACUUUCAUAGUAUGUGGUGGUGGCUAAAAAGAACAAUUUGAAGAAGACUGUCUUUUUUCUAAUCAUCACUCUAACUGUCUGUUUUCUACCCAGUAUCUACAUGUACUUGCUGUUCUCAUCUCAGUCUAGUUUCUUUUUCCCACACAGCCUUAUCCUUGGUUUCAUAUAAAUUGGGGUCCCCUGAGUUUGAAAGUAAUUGAGAACUGUUGUAGACGGCAGUAAGGGAUGCUUUUGAAUUUCAAGGAUGAGUCAACAUCAGAAUCAAGUGGAAAGCUUAUCAGUUGCAGUAGUUGAAUUUUAGAUAAUUUAAUUUCCUAAUUGGAAUUUCAAGUUUAAGGCUGAUCAUGAUUUCACACUUCAAUGACAUGACAGAACACCUUGGCUACUCAACUCCUCCUGCUAGAAAAGUGCACUUAAAUUUUAAAAUAACCUGCAGGUAAUGAAGGCUAUCAGUCUGUUCAGACCAACUUGGCACCAGGUGACCUCGUCCAAUCAGCUGUGGUGGUGAGUUCAACUCCAGGUGGAACUGUGUUUCUAGAACCACAGGCUGUGACCUUGACUGAACUUCCUGGUGGAACUGUGCAAACUCUUCCUGCAGGAAGCACUUUUGAAGGUAAAGUAAACACAGUACAAAUUUUUUUCUCAAUUUAAUAAAGUGGAUAGCCUUGUCAUAAGUUAAGGGAAUUGUUUUUUACAUGUUGGCAGUUGAGAGGUUAUUUCACAUAAUUUUCUGUUUCAUUAGAGGGUUUAAUGCUGUUUAGUACCUGAUCAGCAACUCCAGUGUUCACCUUCACAGGCAUUUAUCAGUAAAAUUUACCACCCAUACUACCUUUUCUUACUGCCUCAUAUUGCUUGGAAUUCUUGAAAACUCAAUGGGUUGAAGGAUUUGUCCUCUGGCUUCAAAAUAUGGUCUAGCUGUUAUGCUUAAAAAAGGAGAGAACACUGUUACUCUGGAUUGAUAAAAAUUGGUAAAGUUUUGGUUUUGUGAAGGAAAAACAUGCAAAGAGUUUCUAAUCUGUUAGGCAAAGACAGUAUGAUAAUAGAAAACUUAUCAAAAAAUUUAUACAGAGGCUUGUAAUUUCAAGUCAAAUUUAACUUGAUUUAUUAGGCAUUGCAAAUGUGAGAGAUUAAAGAAAAGGCAAAAUUUCGGAUCAAUAUCAGUAUCUGGGCAAGGUUGACCAUUGACCAAUGAGGACUCAAAGUAAACACAGGCAAGGUUAACCUGACUCUGAAGUACUGGAAAACGUGAUUUACCAAAUUGGGAUUGGUUUUGGUUUGCAUUUAAUUGGUUGAGAUGGUGUUCAAAUGUCUAAACAAAUUACACAGUGAAAUAAAGCAAAACCAAAGUAAUACAGGAUUACUUUCUACACUCAAUUAAAAAUAUUUCAAAACCAAUCACAAAAAUAUGAUGGCUGAAAACAGUCGAGGUUUUGACAGACUAUCCCUGCCUCCCAGACACCAUUAUUAACAUGUCUACAAUCUUAUGAAGGUCCACUUUUCCGAUUUUUUCUUAUUUUCACCAUCAAGAGGUCUGCCAUGCUUUCUAUGCACUAACACAUUCCAUUUUCUAUUUUAUUUUCAACCAGCAACUUACGUUCAUCAGAGCAGUGAUGGAACUAGUUACGUUAUCACUUCAGAACCCACAUCCUUUGAUACAAACUCUUCGGUCUCUAUGACAACAAUUUCUGAGUCAAACCCUUCUCUGGUGAGUACAAGUGAGACAGUAGACACAACAGGAAUUCCUCUGGAGCAGUUUGCUGCGCAUCACACUCAUCAGGUUGAUCACGAAGAUCAUUCAACCCUAUAUGUGUUACAGGAUGAUUCUGGUGGACAGGAUCAGGAGGUAUGAAAGACAUUCAAUUGUCAACUUCAUUUCAAACAUCAGGGGACUUUCUUGUUAACUGUUUUUUUUUUUUUUUGUAAAAGUUGUUGAGAUUGCCAUUCAGGCAAUCAUUUUCAAUGUUCAGUGCAACAAAUCAUGGAUGUAUUGUUAGCAUUCGUAGUCAAAUGAAAUAAUAGCCCCUCACCCCUAAGAGAUAUUUACAUCUAACAUCACUGCUGAAUCGAAAAUUUGGGUCACGAGAAAACAGUCUCCUUGUCAGCUCCUUAGGAAAUGUAUAAAGAACAGUAUGGAGACUAUCAAUGCUGAUGUUUGGGUGUAAAGGGUUAACUUUUGUGGUCUCUUUUUGCAUAACCAGGCAGCAGCCAAGAAGAUUUACCACUGCGUAAUCGAUGGGUGUGGCAAGCAGUUCUCCACGUCAUACCGACUGAAAGCUCAUGGACGAAGUCAUACGGGAGACACGUUUCGGUGUGAAGAGGAAGGCUGCGCGAAGGCUUUUAUCACUCAGAGUGACUUGACGAAGCAUGUAAGAACUCACUCAGGAGAAAAACCUUACCGAUGUGAUCACGAAGGGUGCGGGAAGGUGUACACCACAGCGCAUCAUCUGAAGGUUUGUGUGUUAGUUCUACCCAGAUCUACUGGGUGUUUUUUCUGUGCGGUUUAUUUUUGCUAGAUCAGGUCGAGGUUAAAAGAAAUCUAUUAGUAGUGGCUUUGUAUACUUGUAGCAACAGUGCAUGUAGAUUUGUAGAAUUGAUAAUCCUUCCUGAAAAGGAGGAUAGCUAUGAGAAAUAACUUAGUCUCUAAUGUUAUCGUGGACCCACCUGUGUAUGAGGAGUACGGUUUUUAGGAAAAACAACUAAAACAAAAGUCGUAUAGUUCAGUCAGGCGUUGACAUAUUUUCUAUCUUUUGGACUGAAACUUAGCGCAGUUUCUCAAAUUUUUUUUCUAUCCUGAACUCUCUCACUGUAUUUUCAUUGGAAUCAGGAAAUUUGAAGUUGCCCUUAAAAAGAUUGAUCUAAUCUUAAAGUGUAAUUAUUUAAACAUUGAUUAAAUCGACUGACAGUUAUCAGUUGCCAUAAUCAAAUGUUCUUUUGAUUUUCAGGUUCAUGAACGCGCUCACACAGGAGAGAAACCGUUUAAAUGUCGUGUUGAAGGCUGUGAUAAAGCAUUCGCUACAGGGUAUGGUUUGAAGAGUCACACACGAACCCACACGGGAGAGAAACCUUACAAAUGUCCCCAUGAUGAUUGCGGUAAGGCUUUCAAGACUUCGGGAGAUCUGCAGAAACAUGUGCGCACGCAUACAGGUAGGUGAACAGAGCUCAAAUUCAAGGUCAGUGGUUGUUCAAUCAUCGGCAAGGGCGUGGCUACGAUUUUUCAGAGAAGGGGGAAGGGUGACACUAUACAACACCCCUAGUACUUACCCUACUGUCUGUCCACCUUUACACUGUGUUUUGCUAACAGUUAAGUUUUCAUCGCAUGAACAGUGAUUGAUUCAUGCCUCCGGAUUCGAGCAUUUUUCGAGCGUCUUUGCCUCCUGGCGCCAAUUGUUUGAAAUCCACUGGAUAAAUCUCUAUGCAGUGGAUAGCGUAAACGUUUUGCCAUCGCGUGUCCGCUGGAUACCGUUGUCUACCCUUGAUACGACUGGGACCCGAAUUAUAAGGUCUUUAAAAAAAAAAAAAGUCAUCUCAGAAAAGGGCUUCAUAAUGUAGUGUAUCAGUUUGACUGCAAUCCUUGCCAGGUUUCCUCGUACGCUGUAAAAUACACUAGAGAACACAGUGAACUGCUAGCACCAUUCAGAUCUGAUAAAUCCGUUUCUGAGCUUUGUUUUGCUUUUUUUUUUCAGGAGAAAGGCCGUUCACGUGUCCAUUCCCCGACUGUGGGCGCUCCUUCACCACAUCUAAUAUAAGGAAAGUACACAUGAGAACUCACACAGGUGAACGACCUUAUGUGUGUGAACACGAAGGCUGCGGACGGUCAUUUGCUAGCGCUACUAACUACAAGAAUCACUCACGAAUACAUACAGGUACAUUACAUUCAUUGCUGCUGCCAGAUUUAACCAAAAAGGUCGGAUUUGUCACUUUUUUGAAGACGAGUCCUGUUGAUGUCACGGGGGCCUAAUUGUUAAAAGCAUAUUACGGUGGCCGACUUUCUCGUCAAGCAAUCUUUCCGAAGAAUUGCCUGACGGGCCGAAACUUAAUUUAGUUACAGAUCCGUUUAAGCCCUACCUCAGGGGAGGGCAAGACACUUGGAUGUAACUCUCACUUUGCCUCUAAGCACAUAACUCAGGCCACGUAUUCAUUGAGUGCUCUGCAACAUAGUGUCAGAGCAUCGAAGCGCUGAAUUUGAAGUUUGAAUUUCGAUUCCUUAUAGGAAAGUGAAUUUUUGUCUUUUGUUUUGUUGUUUGUUUGUGUGUUUUUAACCCACUUUCGAAUAACAUCGUUGUUUAUUUGUUGUUAAUUGACAGGAGAGCGGCCUUACAUCUGUCAAGUGAUUGGGUGCAACAAACGCUUCACAGAAUACUCCAGUUUGUAUAAGCAUCACGUAGUCCACACCCAUAACAAGCCAUACACGUGUAACAUCUGUAACAAGACCUACAGACAAACUUCCACACUGGCCAAUCACAAGAGAACUGCUCAUUGUGAUAUGGCUGACGUUGAUAAUUUGGGUGAAGGUGAGAAAUCUAUGCACUUCGCACUUCACACUUCACACUUCACACACAGCAGCAUUGAGAUGUGUCCGUUGAUAGGAAGAGCUGAUAGGACUUACGCCUCUUUGUUCCGGAAUUGUCCGGCUAGGCUCACUUUCGUAACCGCGUUGUGGCGUCUGUGCGCUUUUUUUGUUAUGGCGAAGACAAAACCAAAAAUCGAACCUGAGAAUAAACUUUCGAAUAUGUCCCUGUUUCAAAAACAUCAUUGGGAUUUUCGUUUGAGAUUAGUGACUACAGAUUAUGGGCAGUUGGUGUGUUCAUAAAGUAAUUACAGAAAUUACCUGCUCGCAAGUGUCUAACCUAGUGACCUAGGGCAGGCAAUAUCUGUUUGUGAUGUACCCCUUUAAGUAAGUCGUGUCAUUCUUCUCAGGUGAAUAUGACGUAGGUCACGAAGAGCCCUCCAACAAACGUCAGCGGUUGGAAUAUACAGAGACCAUCUCAGGUAACCAAGCCUUCGCGCACGGCGUGCCCGUCGUGAUAGCCGACGAAGCCUCCGUAGCCGCGCUACAAGCCAUGGACGGCAACUUGGCCGAUAUUCAGCACCAAAUAGCCGAGGGUGGUCACGUGACUGGCCACAUUGCCAUUCCUGUGGCCAUAGCAUCCGAUGCCGCCAUCCAAGUGGAAGGUAGUCUGGAGCAUGCCGUGACACUGUCACAAGGGGUGCAGCAGCUAAAUUCCACCCUUGCUGAUAGCACAGGACACGAGCUGGACAUGUCAGUACAGGUUGUCUCCGCACCGCAGACUGUGGUGGUGACAUCGCUAGAAGCCGUAACGGGGGCAGGUCAACAUUCCGACACUGUGGUCGUAACCUCUUUGGAUGGCGUGACGACUACCGCUAGAAGAACGCAUGAUGGGUUUACCAUUGUUGCGGUGCCUACCCAAGGAGGAGGACUGAGUAUUGGCGAGCAGGAGAAAGUGCAGGAAGGAGAAGAAGAAGCUCAGAAUGAUGGACAGGCAGAAACUGAGGAUGACUCAGGUACUCUUUAAGACGUACACUGUUGGAUUUCAAAAGUGGAAAGAACUGUUUGGUCUCUAGGCAGUGAAUGUUAAUGGAAGCUUAUUGUGGACACUAAAAUGUCUUGAGUUGGGGUAAGAGUGAGUUUUCAUCUGAGUGUACAAUGUGCGUUUGAUUUUAACAGGGGUAUUGCAAUCCCACGAGCCUUCUUUAAACGCCGCCAAGGCUGCUCUGGAUGCUGCGCUGGCCUCACAGCUGCAACAGAAUGACGUCAUCAAUAGCGAAGACCCUGAUUCGGUUUCGACCGCAGAGACCGCCACUAUGGCUACUGCUGUGGCUUAUCAGGCGUGAAACAAAUUGGAGCACGUUUUGACGUUUACAAGAUAAGCCUUCAAAUGGGAUUCGCAGUGGUGAAAUGAAUCUUCAAUUAUGCUUUAACAACCAUUAAUAUGUAAAAUAUUUUGAAUUUUUUUGGUUUUGUUUGUCACUUAAGUUAUUUUUCUUUUUUUUGUGUAUUUUACAUCUCAGUGGAAUGUCGACUUUUUCUUUGUAUCUUACUUUUCUUGUGGUCGCAAACUAGCUUACGUUUAUUCCAAGGAAUUUAAAAAACAGUCAGGAGUUGUGACAUGUAAAUAAAAAAUCUGCA